AGCCUCCUGCGUGCAAUUGGGUCCACAUAGAACCGUCCAAAUAUUUGUUUUGUUCCAUCGACCAAAAACAUUACUUAAAAAGAGAAAAAAAAAUUAACAAUAAAUUGAAAGUUGAGGGUUAAACGCUUUGUCUCCUCAAUUAAAGAAAUUAAAGGUUAAAUGUUUAGUAGCCAAAAGGAAGUAAAGGCCAAAUGUUUCAACCGCUCUGAUCAUAAAUGCUCGACACUUGUGAAGCAUUUUGAGCAGCAAAGAAGAAAGUUUUGACUAAAGGUGUUGAGCAACAGUAACAUCUCGUGGUCGGUCAUAGAAGGAAGGUUGAACUGUUUCUGGAAGGAAGUCUGUCACCCUUUUCCUUUAUUUAUUUUUUUUAAAAAGCCGUCUGGGUUGGCUAGGCUGUUUCCCUUGGUGUCUCAAGCAGAUUAUAAACCCCCUCAAAACCCACAAACUCAUUAAAUCUUAGCAGCCAUACCCCAUCAGCUAUCUAUCUCUCCUUCAAACUAUACCUAAAUUUCUCUCUGUCUCUUUCUUCUGUUUCUUUUCGUUCAGAAAAAGUCCAGAAUCAUGUGCUGCUUCUCCUCAUCUUGCAAACAGAGUUUGGACCACAAAAAUCUAUCCUCAAUCAAAGUAAAGGAAACAGACAUGUUAACUCCUUUGAACCCCAAGAACCCAACAGAAGAAAAACAAGACCAGAUUUCAGAAACGACCUGUCUGUCUAUUGUAAUUGGAGAAGCAAAGUGCAUGGCCAACAUAGCUAUUCCGAUGGUACUAACAGGGCUUUUGCUCUACUCUCGCUCCAUGAUUUCCAUGUUGUUUCUUGGCCGUCUAGGGGAGCUUACUCUAGCCGGUGGUUCGCUUGCUAUUGGAUUUGCUAACAUCACUGGAUACUCAGUUCUCUCUGGCCUUGCCAUGGGAAUGGAACCCAUCUGUGGCCAAGCUUUUGGAGCCAAAAGAUACAAACUUCUCGGCCUCACCUUGCAAAGAAUGAUACUUAUGCUUCUUUUGACUUCAGUCGUCAUAGCUUCUUUGUGGUUCAACAUGAAAAAUAUCCUUCUCUUUUGCGGCCAAGAUGAAAAUAUUGCCAAUGAAGCUCAAUCCUACAUUCUUUAUUCUCUUCCAGAUCUUCUAGCACAAUCCAUUUUGCAUCCUUUGCGUACAUAUUUGAGGACUCAGUCUAUAACUCUGCCUCUGACAUACUGUUCUACUCUGGCUAUUCUUCUCCACAUUCCUAUUAACUACUUUCUUGUUUCUGUGCUCAAUCUUGGAAUCAAAGGCGUUGCUUUAGGCUCCAUUUGGACGAACUUCAAUCUCGUAUUUUCAUUGAUCGUUUACGUUAAAAUCUCCGGUCUGUACAAGAAAACAUGGGGAGGAAUUUCUUCAGACUGCUUAAAAGGCUGGAUAUAUUUACUGAAUUUAUCCAUUCCAAGCUGCAUUUCAGUUUGCCUGGAAUGGUGGUGGUAUGAAAUCAUGAUUUUGCUAUGUGGAUUGUUGUUAAAUCCACAAGCAACCGUUGCUUCAAUGGGCAUUUUGAUUCAAACCACAUCUUUGAUAUACAUUUUCCCAUCUUCCUUAAGUUUUAGUGUGUCAACCAGAGUUGGAAAUGAACUUGGAGCUAACAAUCCAAAGAAGGCAAAAUUGGCCGCAAUCAUUGGUCUCUCCUCGAGCUCCAUACUAGGACUUUCAGCAUUGGUUUUCGCUAUUCUGGUAAGAAAAAAAUGGGCUACCAUGUUCACCAAAGACCCAGAAAUAAUUUCCUUAACAUCAAUGGUAUUGCCUAUAGUCGGACUCUGUGAGCUUGGAAACUGCCCACAAACAACAGGCUGUGGAGUUUUAAGAGGAACUGCAAGACCAAAGUUGGGAGCAAACAUCAACCUGGGAUGUUUCUACCUGGUAGGCAUGCCAAUUGCAGUGUGCUUGAGUUUCUUUGCCGGGUUUGAUUUCAAAGGACUUUGGCUUGGUCUUCUAGCCGCCCAAGCCUCAUGUGUGAUGACCAUGUUGGUCAUUGUGACUCGUACAGAUUGGAACUGUCAAGCCAGGAGGGCACAGGAACUAACAAGAGCCGUCCCUGUGGAUGAUGAUGACCAUACCAAUCAGGAUGGAACAUUGAAAGUUGAUUCUGAUUCCACUGAAUCUUCAGGAUUAUUAAAUGACGUAGAGCAAAACAGCUUACCUGUCUGAUUUGGAACAGACGAUGUUGAUUUUUCUAACUUUUUUUUUUUGGUGUGAAUUUGAUCAAACCAUUACUGGCCGUAUCUUGUUUAGGUCGAAUUCAUGUAAAGUAUAAAAGGGGGGAUGGACUUGAAAUUUAGGGAUAAAAAGUUUGGCACAGGCUUUGUUUUAUGCAUUAUUUUCUUGUUUCAGAAUAGAAAACAAAACAGAACAUAGAUUUUGUUGGCAAAAAGUACGUCUGUUGUGCGGGCAAUGUGUGUUGUGUCGUUGUUUUUUAAACGCUUUGCGCUACGCGCAACAAUUUCGUCAAUUGGGUAGAAAAAAUCAGCCUCGUAAUUGGCCCGUGCGUGUUCAUGCUAGAAAUGGCUCGUGGGGAUUUAGUUUUUAACACUUCUGUCGGUUGGUUGGAUUCUAACGUGCCCAAGCCAGCUGGUCACCAUUUGCGACUACCGACUCCGUGAGUGACUUUCUCUCCCUCGAUGCGGUUACUUGAACCAAGUCACUUCAUCUCAUAAAUCCAUUAACUAACAGUAACUUUUAGUUAUUAAAAAGUUUAAUUU